GCUAUUCAUAGCACACACCAACGUUCGUAUCUGCCAAUCGAAAUGCUCUCCACUGGUCUCGGCGAGGGACAGCCAAUCACAUCAGCGACACGAGUGACAAGCUCAUAUUAGCGCAUCGUAUCCUCCAACAGUGACCGGUCAUUUCGGAUCAAGCUUUGUCAAGCUUCUCAGUUGUCGUCAGCUCCAGCAUCAUACAAGGUCUUGGGGCGAGAAGUGUUGACACACCGUGUAGAUCGAGUGUAAGGGUGCGCGCAGGGUGCGUAUGCGGGCUCUGGACCAAGAGCAUAUCUUUUUUAGCUGCCUGGGUGUUGCGUGGAGGAGAGGGGCGGAGUGCUGGGGUAGUCGGCGGUGGGUAUACAUGUGGGACUCUUAUCUGCGUACCUGUCUGCAGCUACCCAUCAUGAGGCACAGCUUUGACGCCACGGUAGUCACAAUCCUCCUGUUCUGCAGAUGCUCUGUGACUGCAUCUCCCAUAUCUUUUGAAAGUUCUUAUACCACACAGAAACCAACAGUUUCGUCUCCCACGCUUUGCACAUCCCUCAAAGACCAGUUCGCCUGCACAAGAUUCGAGGCCUCGAUCGCGCACCCGGUACCACCUCCAUCGUCGCCGCUCGAACAAAUCUCCAACGCCGUUGUAAGACCUGACCUACUUCUAUCGGACGAAGAACGCCAGAUUAGGAGAGUUAUGGACGUCAAAGGGCAAGCAAAAUCAGCAGAGAAGCUGUGGUUGACACCGGAAAUUCAGGUCGUACUGUGGUUCUUACUGCUGUGUUGCUUGAUGGAGUUGAUAGUGUUCGGGCUGCAUCGGUGGCGACGGCCUCAGCAUGUGGCCAGAGACCAGGGAGGAGUGAUCGACAAACCUGAGGGCAGAAGUUUUGAGGAAGUCAGUGAGGACGACGAGGACGACGAGGCAAAUAUCCCGGUGCUUUGACGGGCAAAACGGCUGAUCGAUCAUCCUUUUCCUGUGUUACUUCCUAGACACGGACAGGAAUGCCAUAACUCAAGAGAGCAACAUUCC